AUGCCGGGAGACGAGGACGACGGCCUUUUAGACUCCGAAAUUGAGCUAAAACUCAGUAUUAACCCCAACAUUCAGGUCCGCAUUGGCGGUUCGCACAAUCCUGCUACCACCGCUCCAAACAACCAGCAACCGCAUUCCCGGCAGUCGCCCUCCAUCCCCCCUCCGGAAAUCACGGAAGAACCAGGGCACGCUCCGAGCAAUCUCGCCGCAUUUUACGGCGAUCAUGGCGCGGCGUCCUCUCAAGACCCGGAGAUCGCGGUCAGCCCUCUAUUAGACUCCGACUUCCCUAGCCACUCGUCCCCGGGAGGCGCAGGCGGCUUUAUUUUCAGCCCCGCGAAUGUCGGCGGCCAGAUCACCUCGUUUCUAGGAGCGUCCGUCCCCGCAGCUCUUGCCGUGUUCAGCGCCGCGUUUUCCGGGCUGGCGUUCGCCAUUAGCAGCGCGCAUCAGGGUCUUCCCGUGGCCGCGCAUUUCGGCGACUCGGAUAACGAAGAGAGCACGAGAGGCUUAACGCGUAUGCCUGUAACGGGGACAUCUGGAAACUCGUUAAGGGACCCAACCAGGUGUCAACAAGCGUGCAUACAGUUUUGGUCCGACCCGAAAUAUUACUCUGUAGCAACAUUUGUACUGUACCAAAUAUUCAUUCUGCUCGUUAUAUACCUUUUCCACCUCAUGGGAGCUUCUCCUGGUUUCACGGCCUUCCUCACAACCUCCUGGGCGGUCAUUUUCGCGGGUAAUUUACUCCUGGCGCUGCUUCUACCCGGCCUACUCGCUCGAGAGUUCCUCAAGCGGUACGCCAAGCGCGAUAUACUGGAGGCUGCUAAAGUGGGUUACUCUAUAGCGGGGCAGCGGAGAGGAGGGCGAGUGGUGGUGCUGCGAGGGCGAGUGAGCCUGCCUUCCACGUCAGCAUCCAUGCCGGGAGGGUCCUCUCUUGAUGGGGAUCAUGUAAGUCCGCUUGCUUGA